CGAGUUCGUCGAUGCGCCGCUGCUUCGCCGCCCGACGGAUGUCACGCGCACUGGCCUUCGCCGCCGCCCGACGCGCGGCUUCCUCCACAUCAGCUGCCGCCUUCUGGCGCUCCUCCUCCGCGCGUUCCUGUUCCUCGAUGCGCUUUUCUUCGGCAGCCUUCGCCUGUUCUCGCCGAUGCAGAAUGGACGCGGCGCGCUGCGUAUCCUCCUUUCGAAUCGCCUGCUCGUUGUUCAAGAACUGAUGAGUGAAGAAGAACUCGAACCGAGGGCCUCCAUAGCGGACCAUCUUUCCUAUAUAUUCACUGGGACGUAUUGCCCCUGUUCGGACACUGCGCAAGGGAGAGUAGCCGGAAAGAGAAGACAAACACAGAGAGAGAGAGAGAGAGAUAUCGAGAAAGAGCGGCCAUGA